AGUGCCCCCGCCCGGCGCUGCCGCUCGCUCGGUCUGAGGGGCCGCGCUCGCCGUUCAUGGAAGAGAUGUCAGGAGAAAGCGUGGUGAGCUCAGCGGUGCCAGCAGCGGCCACUCGCACCACCUCCUUCAAGGGGACCAGCCCCAGCUCCAAGUAUGUCAAGCUGAACAUCGGGGGGGCCCUCUACUACACCACCAUGCAGACACUGACCAAGCAGGACACCAUGCUCAAGGCCAUGUUCAGUGGCAGGAUGGAAGUGCUGACGGACAGUGAAGGCUGGAUCCUGAUCGACCGCUGUGGGAAGCACUUUGGGACAAUCCUGAACUACCUGCGGGACGGGGCUGUGCCGCUCCCCGAGAGCCGCAGGGAGAUCGAGGAGCUGUUGGCUGAAGCCAAGUACUACCUGGUGCAGGGGCUGGUGGACGAGUGCCAGGCAGCCUUGCAGCAGAACAAAGAUGCGUACGAGCCCUUCUGCAAGGUGCCAGUCAUCACCUCUUCCAAAGAGGAGCAGAAGCUUAUUGCCACUUCCAACAAGCCAGCAGUGAAGUUGCUGUAUAACAGAAGCAACAACAAAUAUUCCUACACCAGCAACUCUGAUGACAACAUGCUGAAGAACAUCGAGCUCUUUGACAAGCUGUCCCUGAGGUUCAAUGGCAGAGUGCUCUUCAUCAAAGAUGUGAUUGGGGACGAGAUCUGCUGCUGGUCCUUCUACGGGCAGGGGCGGAAGAUCGCCGAGGUCUGCUGCACCUCCAUUGUUUAUGCUACUGAGAAGAAGCAGACAAAGGUGGAGUUCCCAGAAGCCCGCAUCUACGAGGAGACACUGAACAUCCUGCUGUACGAGUCCCAGGAUGGGAGGGGACCUGACAACGCGCUCCUGGAGGCCACUGGAGGGGCAGCAGGUCGGUCCCACCACCUGGAGGAGGAUGAGGAGCGGGAGCGCAUCGAGCGCGUGCGCAGGAUCCACAUCAAGCGCCCGGAUGACAGAGCCCACCUGCACCAGUGAGCUGCCCUUCCCCCAGGGGGGGCUGCCCUUCCUCUGACCCAGGACCUGCAGCAGAGCACCAGGUGGUUUAACUUCUGCUCAGCAAAGUCUGUAAAUUACUUUUGUAACAAACUAGAUGAUUUGGGGUAUUUAAAUGCAGUAGUUCUAGGGCAAGAAUAAGUGAGGUUGCUGGGCAUACGAUGGGUACUGUGAGGACCUGUUGAGCACCUGGAGAAAUGCCCUGAAUUGUUAGCACUCAUUGUCUUUGCUAUUUUGUGGCUAGGGAGGAAGAGGCUUCCUUUGGAUUAGUAGUUAUCCUGCACUUUAAAAAAAAAAACAACAAAAGAACAAACCACCACCAAGGAAAGGUCAGUCAGCUGUGCACCCCCCUCAGGGCACCCACUGCCCUUGCCUCCUCCUGGGCGUUCUGCCAUGGGAGAAAUGCAGGUCUGAUCACACCAGAGCUGCUGCAGAGCUCCCUUUCUCCCAGGGUGGUGGCUCAGGAGAGCCUCACCAUGAUGCCCAGGAGAAGGGCUCCAUGCUGACCUGUUCCUGUAGUGCUGGGGGAGCAGGGAGGCUGCUUGGGCUGUGGCUCUGGCUCCCUGCAGCUCAUGGGACCUGCUCCUCCAAGGGCUCAGUGGAGCUGCUGCAGCCCUGAGCUGGGAGCCCCACCUGCUGUAGCCAAGGGGUUUGGUUGCAAUUCCUCCAAAAGGAGAACGAGGAGCAAAUUCUCUGAUUGCUUUUCCUGAGGGUGGUGGGGCUGCCUGUUAGUGCUUAGAACUUCUGUCUGGCCCCAGAUCUCAGCUGGGGGGUUGGUUCCAUGGGACCACAGGGCCCUGAGCUCAUUGUGGGCAGCCCCCCUGCCAGUCCAGCCCUGCUUGGUUCUGUGACCCCCACAGGAGCACUGCCUUGCUCAGAGCCAGGGCAGCAGCAGUGCUGUGGGGAGAAGCAGUCACCAGUGGCCUAGAGGUGGUUAUUCCUUGUUUGACUUUCCCUGAGCAUAUUCCAAGUCCUUUCAGAAAUGGCAGCUGUGUGUGGAAGGGUAGAGCUAAAAUGUUUUGCAGAGAAGACCUAUGUAGUCUAGUUUCUAAGAGUACUUGUCUAUUAUAAUGAAUAUUUUAUCUACCUCCUAGUCUCUUGUUGCCUGUUGUGGAGUCAAGUAUCAAUUACAGCAGGAGAUGGUGUGUUAUUCCAUAGGGCUGGAUAGCACAGGAUAAUGAACAGAGCCACAGCUGGGAUGGGUAAUGUCACAAAUCCUGAGAGGGAGAGAAACCCAAGGUAGGAAGUCUUAUCCUCACCAUCAGGCUGGCACCUUGGCAGACACCAGAGAACUUUGGCCUUUUCUAGAGGUUUUUGACCCUUCAGCUGGAGUGUCUUGCACUGGCCUUGCUGGCCAGACCUCUCACACAGGGCAGCAGCUCCAUGUUCCUGUUCCUCAGCCAGGGGGGUGUUUGGUUUUUCCCAACUUCCUGCUGCAGGGAUUCCUGCUCGUGGUCAGAGCUGCUAAUGCCAUGUUAAGGCUGUUGAAACCAAAGUUGUGAGCAUCACCAGCCAUGUUACCCCAGUGUUGCUGUUCCAAACAGCAGCUACAGCCCAGCCCAGGUGUAGCUUGUCUGUGGAGGAUAAAAUAAAGCACCAAGUGUUUUUGCUCAGUGAUCAGAUUCUGAAUCAUCAGGUAAAGCUAAAAAGAUGUCAAAGUUAGGCUGAGGUCAUCAUUUUACUAACCAAAGAGUUCUCUAAGUUACAGACAGCUCUGGCAGGUGUGUUGGGGUGGUUGUACCUGUCUCCUCUAGUCUUUCUUCUGCAGCUACUCAUUGAUUGGCAAGAGCUUAGCAGGGACAGAUGUGUCAGUUAUUCUGUAUUUCAGCAGCUUUGGUCACAUUGUGGCAGUUGAGGCUGCUCUUUCAUCUCUGCUUGCACAUGUCUGCAGCAUCCCUCAGGUCUGUACAAGCCCACAGUGCAGACUGGGGGGUGCAGGGCCCAGGGCCUCUCCCUGCUUCCCUUCCUGGUGUGAUAAGCUCAGGGUGGAUGGGAAGUCCCCUGCCCUGCUGUGUCCCCAGCACUGUGCACUCUGACACUCAGGAGGGGGCUUUGGAGAGUGGGGAGGUCCUGAGCAGCUCUAACAGCCCUGCUGCCCUCCCAGCUGUGCUCUGGAAAGCCCUGCAGCCUGACAGCCCCUCCGUGCUCCUGGAAAAGGAAACACCAGCCCAUUACUGUAGAACAUGCUGACAGUCCUGCAGCCACCCCUGCUCACUUCAUUAAUGCUAACGAGCUGGCUCUGUCCCCAGGCAGCUGUACCCUCCCUGCUGCACUGCCCCUGUCCCCCCUCAGUGCCAGGGAGGCUCCAGCCCCCCAGCAGUGGUGCAGUCCUGUCCUGUGUUGCAGGAGCAGGUUCAGCUCCAGGAGGUGACAGGUGUUGACUCCAGUGCUAAGCACCUGACAGGUCACAUCUAUGUGAUUAACUUCUCUGUAAAUAGGUUCUUAACUGGCUCCAGGAUUUCCUUUCACAUUUUGCAAACUGGGUUUGUAGAAACCAGGGGGAUGGUUCUUUUUAAUCUUUGUACAACAGUUUGUAGCCCUUUGGGGUUGGUGAGUCACUCCAGGAGAGUUUAAGUUUCAGUUUUGUUAUUGCAUUUCUGGGCAGACUCUGCCUUAACACACUCCUGACUUAACCUUGUGUGUGCUGAAGAUGUUCUGCUGUUGUGUGACCGUCCUUUACCUGCUGGCCACUUGUCCAUGGUCUGUGGAGAGAGACUUUGUUAAUGCCAUUGCACAAAAUCUCUUGAGCAUUGUUACUGUAAAUGGUUUUGCCUCUGCAGCUUUGGGUGAAGAUAGGGAGCAGGGCAGCUGGCCUGGGCACCAGCAGCUCUUCAGGUUACCUAGUGCUGCCUCCUGGUAAUGGGCAGUUAACAAUGGUCAUGUCUGCUCUGGUUCUCCAGCACCCACAGCAGACUCUGGUGGUGACAGUACAGCAGAGUAGAGCAGACUAGAAACCUUACUUGUGGAAGUGAUUUUUGUCCAUCAGCAAAAUGCAGAAAAGCUGGAGUGCACUCUGCAGGUGCCACAAGUGGAGGCAAGAGCUGCCCACCAGCCCCUGUGCUGCUGCAGGACCACCCAGUGAGGGGGGCUCCAGCCUCACCUUGGAGCAAAGGGGAGGCAGAACUUGUCAGUCCUGGUGGAGUUGUUCCUUUCUGUGGACAAGAGCAGCACAUCUGUCUGUUCUGUACAAUCAUUCCCUCCCACCUUCUACUUCUGUACAAAAAAGCUUAAGCUGGAUUUCAGUGUAUGGUUGAUGUUUGCAAUAUAUACUUUUUUUAAACUAUAACACAAUAAAUUAGAAGAUAUUU